AAAUAAUGGCGUCUCUAGCGCCGCCUUCUCACACUCUCUGGCUCUUCGCUCGGUUGCAGUGUUUCGUUUCUUCGCCUUCUCUGCCUCUUCUCAUCCUUUCUCGCUCUCUGCUCUGCGGUGUGACGCGGCUGAAUCCUCUCCGCACCCAGCCCUCGCCUUUCUUCUUCUGUCCGCGCUGUUCUAUUUCUCUCCUUCGGCCGCCGCCGCCACUGCUGCACAGCUGGUGUCGGUGCCGCGCUUUUCCCCCCACGUCGUCCCCGCAGCCUAUGGCCCAGGCCGCCUUGGGUAUUUCUGCUCAAGGUGACCACAUCCCUCUUUAAAAAUUCCGCCUAAAAAGAGAAGACGCUUUACCCGACUCUUUGGGCCGUUAUCUCACGGCGAACUUUCUGACCAAGUAUACAACUACCCAGAGGGCCUAGGAGAAGUGCUGUAUAGAGAGCAGUUCGACUUCAACGCUGAGCCACCUUGGGAACCUAGCUGAUGAUAGGGGGGUUCCAUCUCCUAACUUGUCCAUCUCUCCCUGUUCUACUUCCAGGGAGGUCUUCACUUCAGAAAUCCAAGACUCAUAUUCAUCCAGCUUGGUGUCAAGUGGGCUGUUGCUGCCAGAAUUAUCUUGUGAUUAUUUGAGAGAUGUAUCAGUUUCUUCUGAAGUACAAUCAACUGUAGAAGCCUUUGUAGCAGUUUGUUGCAUAUUCUAAGGACCCAGACGUAAGGCUUGGUGGCCCGUCUCUUGUUUUUCCUGGUUUAUGACUUUCGGCUUUGUGGAAUACGGCUGAGAUGAAAGGAUUUAUUGACGAUGCAAACUACUCCGUUGGCCUGUUGGAUGAAGGAACAAACCUUGGAAAUGUUAUUGAUAACUAUGUUUAUGAACAUACCCUGACAGGGAAAAAUGCAUUUUUUGUGGGAGAUCUUGGAAAGAUUGUGAAGAAACACAGUCAGUGGCAGAACAUAGUGGCUCAGAUAAAGCCAUUCUACACGGUAAAGUGCAACUCCACUCCAGCUGUACUUGAGAUUUUGGCAGCUCUUGGAACUGGAUUUGCUUGUUCCAGUAAAACUGAAAUGGCUUUAGUGCAAGAAUUGGGUGUAUCUCCAGAAAACAUCAUUUACAUAAGUCCUUGCAAGCAAGUGUCUCAAAUAAAGUAUGCAGCAAAAGUUGGAGUGAAUAUCAUGACAUGUGACAAUGAAGUCGAAUUGAAGAAAAUUGCACGUAAUCACCCAAAUGCCAAGGUCUUACUACAUAUUGCAACAGAAGAUAAUAUUGGAGGUGAAGAGGGCAACAUGAAGUUUGGCACUACCCUGAAGAACUGUAGGCAUCUUUUGGAAUGUGCUAAGGAACUUGAUGUCCAAAUUAUUGGGGUUAAAUUUCAUGUUUCAAGUGCUUGCAAAGAAUCUCAAGUAUAUGUACAUGCUUUAUCUGAUGCUCGAUGUGUAUUUGACAUGGCUGGAGAAUUUGGCUUCACAAUGAACAUGUUAGACAUUGGUGGAGGCUUCACAGGAACUGAAUUUCAAUUGGAAGAGGUUAAUCAUGUUAUCAGCCCUUUGUUGGAUGUCUACUUUCCUGAAGGAUCUGGCAUUAAGAUAAUUUCUGAACCCGGAAGCUACUAUGUGUCUUCUGCAUUUACACUUGCAGUUAAUAUCAUUGCAAAGAAAGUUGUUGAAAAUAAGUUUUCCUCUGGAGUAGGAAAAACCGGAAGUGAUGAACCAACCUUCAUGUAUUAUAUGAAUGAUGGUGUUUAUGGUUCUUUUGCAAGUAAACUGUCUGAGGACUUAAAUACCAUUCCAGAGGUUCACAAGAAAUACAAGGAAGAUGAGCCUCUGUUUACAAGCAGCCUUUGGGGUCCAUCCUGUGAUGAGCUUGAUCAAAUUGUGGAAAACUGUCUUCUUCCUGAGCUGAAUGUGGGAGAUUGGCUUAUCUUUGAUAACAUGGGAGCAGAUUCUUUCCAUGAACCAUCUGCUUUUAAUGAUUUUCAGAGGCCAGCUAUUUAUUAUAUGAUGUCAUACAGUGAUUGGUAUGAGAUGCAAGAUGCUGGAAUUACUUCAGACACAAUGAUGAAGAACUUCUUCUUUGUGCCUUCUUGCAUUCAGUUGAGCCAAGAAGACAAAUUUUCCGCUGAAGCUUAAGCAGGCAUCAACGCUUUUUUAGAUAUGAAGUUGCAGGUUAAGCUUGUCUGGUCUACAUUCCAGUGUGGAAAAAAUUUGAACAAUCUUAUUCUGUUAAUUCUCUUGGAAACAAAAACUACUAGUAAUAGCUAUUUGGGACCAGACAAAAUUAGCUCUCAUCUAUAAUUCACUGGGGGUAAUUGGGAGAUUAAGAUAAUGUAUCCACAUUUAAACUUACCAGUUUGCCCUACCCCUUAAGCGUUUAAAAUAAAAUAUGCAACAAAAUGGAUGACUUAGUGGAGAUGGAAGCCCAUUAAUUGGGUUCCCCAUUAAACCGUUUACAUACAAGUACACAGUUUUUAUACUAAGGAUUCGUGUUAAAAAGUCUUGUAAAGUUAAUGUCUUUCACCCAGAUAUAUCAAAUGUCAGUGGAAGACCAGUGUGAUUUCAUUAGAUACGUUUAGUGUAUUUAGAAUGUGUAAAUUUGUGCUUUGAAUUGUAGUUUAAUAAAUGUAAAAUUGCAUCAUAGUAUUUGUUGUAUUUGACCUAAUGUAACCCUUGUAUGAUUGCAAUAAAAUUUUGUGUAGAUUUUACUGUUUUUUCAGGCUAAAACUUUGGGAAAGGGGCUAGUUAGCAAAGGUAGUUUCGAAAUAGAUGUGUAUAUGGACUGUUUAGAAGGUUAUUUUCCUUUAUAGCCCAUUUAAGUUUAGUUUGACUCAGUACAUUUUUCAGUUAUUUAAUUAGUAAUUUAAGUAAAAUGUUUGGUAAAUCAUUGUGAAGUUGAGAUUCAUUAUGGAGAGUUGAUGUGCAGUAAGCAUGAUGUUUAACAAUUUUAACACCAAAAAUGUUAAUCCUGCAUAAACCAAUUGUAAUAAUUAAUAGGUGUUUCUGUACAGAUAGAAUGCAUAGAGUACCUUAGUAAAUCUUUGAAUCACAAAUCUUUUGGCUGAAAUGGAAGAUUCUCUUAAGUACCUUGAAAAAACUUUGGGGGAGGGAAAUAAAAUUGCAGAAAACUCUGCAGCGCACUAAAUCUUAAAGAAGGGCUACGUCUAUAUCCAGAAACCUGAUGCUCCUUUGCACGGAAUAUUAUUUAAAUUGAAAAUUGUGAGGUGGGGUGGGGAGAAGCACACCUAUUUUCAGUUUCUCAAUUGCAGUGAUUUCAGACUUAGGGUUUGUUUUGUUUUAGCUAUUCACUUAGCUUCUUGUUAUUUCCCAUUUGUUCAGCUUAGUGUAGUUUUAAUUCUUUUCAUACUAAAAUUUUAUGGUGAUUGGGGGAAGUGAGUUAGAGUCACUAACAUGACAGUUGUUGCCAGGAAUUUGCGUUGUUCACUGCUAGUAUAUUAGUAAUCCUAGAUCUCAGAAUCACAAUAGUAAUAAACAACAGGGGUCAUUUUUUCCUAACUUACUCUAUGUUCAGAUGUGGAAUUUCUGUCUACCAAGAGGAAAUGUGACUUCACUUUGGUGCCAAUGGACAGAAAAUUCUACCUGUGCUACAUAGGAGAAGUUUGGAAUGCACUUAAUAGCUG